AUGAUAAAAUUCAUUUACACAGUAACGAGCACCUACACAUUGUUUAUUGUUGUUCUACUGAGCAUCGCUACAGUCAGUUGGGCUAGUUCAUGUGAUUAUACUCAAAGAACAUGCUACGGCAACUUUGGAACUUGGUGUUGUUCAGCUGAUGCAACAUGUGGAGCUAGCGAUGGUGUAUGUUACGAAUCAUCAAAUCUCCCACCAGCUGUGAUUGCUAUUAUUAUUAUUGUUUCAAUCUUCUGUUUUGUCGUAUGCUUAAGUUGCUGUAUACAAUCUCGUCAACGGGAACAACGUUUACGUGCUGCUGCAGUUAAUUCACAAACGCGAUUAUAUCCAGCUUCGUAUCAAAAUAAUACUAUACGUGGCCCAAUACGAGUAGUUCAAGUACGACAUGCGUCUCACGUCAGAGCUGUUCCAUCAGUAGCCACAUUGCCAAGCCUAUAUGAAGCACCACCACCGUCAUACGAAAUAGCUGUUGCAACAUCUCCAUCGGUACAUCAACUACCAGCAUCUCCACCUAUGACGGCAACAGUUGAACAAUCUGAUGUUUCUAAUGUGUAA